AUGUGCUCUCUUGGUGACAAAGCGACGGACAGAAGUCAUGUCGACGACGGGGCCAGAGGUGAAGGAGAACUCUGGUGGGCAGAAAGAGAUGGUAAGGUCUUUGUCGCUGAAACUGGCGUCGGUGAAGCAGAAGAUAGCGUCGUUGAAGCAGAAGCACGGCUCAGUCAUGGAGUAUUGUCUUUCCUUUUCAAACUGAGCCGGGAAAUGCGUGAUGCGCGGUCGGGCAGGCAGCCGCGGGGAAGAGGAUAUGUUCGUCUUUGCCAAAACAGCUUGAAGACUGUUGUCAAGCAUGUACGAAGCAACGAGCUCCAAAGGUCGAGAAAGUUGAGUCGCACAGUCAGCCCAAACCUAGCUUCCUUGGCUAGAAUCUUUGUUUUGUCAGUCUCGAAACCCAUAACCCAAGGGAUCAUCCUUGCCUACCUUUUUGUGCACCUUGUCAUCCUUGUCGGUGACAUGCACAGUAGUCGCGCCACUGAGAGUGACAAGGAGCAUGCUGAACAUCUCCAAGGUCUGUCUGGCCCUGCUGGAAGAUCCCAUCGCGCAGCGCGCCAGAAAGUUGGUCAAACUACGUUAUCUGGUGGGACCAAAAUUGGUACCACGGUUUCCGCCGUGAAUAUACGGAGUAAGGGUGCUCAGCGUCGGCGCUAUAGUCCAUGGAAGCAACGGGUCAGGAAAUCCUUUGUCUCGUCAGCACUCUCAAACAUGCCCUCGCUGCGUGAACAUCACGCAGUCGUCGAAGCGACAGUAGAGGGCGAAGCAACCGGGAGCGUCGUCAGCAGCGUAGACACAACUCCCAAUCAGUCCAACCAAUUCGGUCUGAGGAAAAAGCAUUAUUCGAUGCGGAUCAAGCCGAAAAGCGUAACCGGUCUCGGCGACGUGGGAACCGGUGUCGGUGCUGAAGGCAGGGCCAUCCUUGAGAAGAGGCUGACGGAAAGGCGACGAGAAGCCGAAGCCGAUAGACUUGACAGGAGAAACGGACAUGCUCUUGGUGGAAGGUCCAUCAGGGGUCGAAGCGAUGUUGAGAAGCUUCAUAGCACUGCCCUCGAAGGGACGCAGAGUGAUAGAAGAAGAACUGGCGUUGUCAUUCCUCUUGAAGACUGA